AUGAUUUUCACUUUACGUAUAUCAAGAGAAAGGGUUAAAACUGGUAUUGAUCUAACUUACUUGCCUUCACCAAAAUCACCAAAAUCAUAUUUAGAAAAAUAUGAAAAAAAAUUGGCAGAGCUAGAGCAACAUGAAUUGCCUGCACCUCAAGUGAUCACUAUACCAGAAAUUGUUCAAAUAUCUGCAGAGUUAGAACAAGAUGUUCCACAACAAACACAACUUUUAUUACAAAGUGGUUUACCAGAUCAAGGAAUUCCACUUCAAAUUGUUUUACCUCAAAGUAAUUUUCAUAUUACUAGUGAAGAGUUUGAAAACAAAAAUGAUAAAAAUGAACAUCAAGAGGAAUCACAAACAUCUCACGAAGUUGCACCUCAAGUAAUAUCUAUAACUUUAUCAAAAGAUGGAGAAGAUUCUACAAAUUAUACAGAUUCUACAGAUUCUAAUUUUCUUAUCAUUCCAAGUCAACCAAAAUCAGAAACCUCCUCAUUACAUGAAGUUCCUCUUUAA